AUGAACACAACGCCUCUGCCUUCUCUGUUUACUCUCCCAUCAGAACUCAUCCAUCAGAUCCUCAGCUAUCUGCCUGUCUCGGACCUGAUCACCGUAGGACUGGUCAACCGCGCCCUAAACGAGCAUUCGCAGCAAGACACAUCAAUUUGGCAAUCGUUCGUCCAGUCAAAUGUCCCCGGAUACAUUGUACCGAAACCUGCAAAUCAAACAUGGCGGGAACUCUUCAUACAACACCAUCCGUAUUGGUUUCUCUCAAAGAACAAGAUCUGGUUUGCAGACACACCGCACACGGGCAAGCUACUUGUGGCGCGAUACGACCACAGAAUCAACGCGAUUGAGGCCUAUGCGCUUGUCGCGGAACGACGUCGUCCCACGCUCCAGAAUUGGGAAUAUAACCCAGAAGCCAUCAUCCACACCUUUAACCCGAGGGUGCAGCUCGACCUGAACGCGCCCAUCAUCCACCUCGAUGCCGGCUCAUACGAGAACGCAUCUGGCGACAUCGGCCACCGUCUACAGAAAGAGAUCCCGAUGAACGUGUACCAUGACAUUCCGCAAUCCACAGCAGGCCUAUACUCGCGGCUUCUACUAACCAGACCUUGGCCUGCAUAUCUCACAUCCGACGCAACGCCGGUUUGGCCAUCACUCAAUCUCCCCAGCGCCGCUCGAACGCGCAAUGACGCUUCGCCAUCAGGAUUCAAGCAGAUCGCGAACAAGCCGUCUGUGAUGAACGAGCUGUCGACGUCGACGUUCCGGACUAGGAAGUGGAUGGAGUUCUCCUCCCGACCACAUGGCGGCAGCAUGCGGAUUGGCGAAGACAUCACGACGUGGGCGACUCUGCCGGAGGAGUGCUAUACGCCGACGCAACAGAAACCAUGGCAGGGAAUCUGGUGUGGCGACUACGCCGGACACGGUUGUGAAUUUCUAGUCAUCACACAGCCCGACGAUCCGAAGCCGCUGCCCGAGCGAGCAGAAUGGGCGAUGCGGGCUAGAGAGCGUGAGGGCAGCGUGAGCAGCGCGGGAUCCUGGAGCACUGCGCCCACGGAUGCUGCGGCCAUGUCGGACGACGAGGAUGCAGCCGCGACUGCGGAUGAUCUGGAGGAUAGCGUCGCCACUUUGCAGGACGCUUUCUUCGACGCAGAUCCAGAUCAACCAGCGCAGGACGACGCUUCGAAAGAAGACGAGAGCGUGUAUCGCGGCCGUAUCGAAGCAGUCAAACUUACAGGCGACCCGAACAUCCCGAGGGGAGAGUAUACGUUCAUCGCGCCGGACAUCGGACCGAAUGGGCUGAUACGCGUUGCGAAUGAAGAGAUCUUCAAGGGGGCGCGGAUCGUGAGGAGCGUUGGGCAUAUCGCUGCUAGAGGGUUUCGAGAUGAUGACUAUAUGACUUCGCAGCUCAUUCUCAUUUCGCAUGAUCGGUUGGCGCAGUAUUGGGAGACGUUUGGUCAUGUGUCGUUUUAUGAGAGGGUUGAUAUUGAGAAGUUUACACGGGUUUGA